AUGAAGAAUAUGAAGGUGCCGCCCGGAGCGGGCGGCGCGAUCGGAUCGGUGCUGCGCGCUGCGGUGGUAGGCGGUGCGGUGCUGUACGGUGCGGUGCACAGUCUGUACAACGUGGAGGGAGGCCACCGCGCGAUCGUCUUCAACCGGUUCUCGGGGAUCAAAGACACGGUAUAUCAGGAGGGGACGCAUAUCAUGAUCCCCGGUAUUGAGUGGCCCAUUAUCUACGACGUGCGCGCGCGACCGCAUCUCGUGGAGAGCACGUCCGGCAGCCGCGAUUUGCAGAUGGUUCGCAUCACGCUCCGAGUGCUCACUCGCCCCAUGUCCGACCGCCUCCCCACCAUCUACCGCACGCUCGGCCAGGACUAUGCGGAGAGGGUGCUGCCUUCAAUUGUUCAAGAGACGCUGAAAUCCGUGGUGGCUCAGUAUAACGCCAGCCAGCUCAUCACACAGCGAGAGUCUGUGAGUCGGGAGAUUCGCCGCAUUCUGGAAGACCGAGCAGCGUCUUUCAACAUCGCUCUGGAUGACGUGUCCAUCACCAACCUCACGUUCGGGCGCGAGUUUACGGCGGCCAUCGAGGCGAAGCAGGUGGCGGCGCAGGAGGCAGAGCGCGCCAAGUUUGUGGUGCAGAAGGCGGAGCAGGACAAGCGGGGAGCUAUUAUUCGAGCUCAGGGAGAAGCCACGAGUGCGCAGCUGAUAGGAGAGGCCAUAGCCAACAACCCCUCAUUCAUCACCCUCAGGAAGAUUGAGGCGGCGAGGGAGAUUGCCAACACACUGGCCAAUAGCAGCAACCGCGUCUUCCUCUCGUCUGAUUCGCUGCUUCUCAACUUGGCUGACGAGAAGACUGAUGUUCCGCCGGCUCCUGCUGCUGCUGCCGGAGCAAAGAAAAAGGUUUCCCUUCCUCCCAGCGGCCUUUCCGCUCAGCUUCCCACAACCACAGCCAUGUCUUCCAAGAAGAAGGUGAAAGAAGUGAAGGAGGAGAAGGGUCCCGCUGGCCCGCAGGUUCGCGAGGGCGAGAUCGUCUUCGGCGUCGCACACAUCUUCGCGUCCUUCAACGACACCUUCGUGCACGUGACAGAUCUCUCCGGCAAGGAAACCAUGUGCCGAGUCACUGGCGGCAUGAAGGUGAAGGCCGAUCGCGACGAGUCGUCCCCAUAUGCGGCUAUGCUUGCAGCGCAGGACGUGGCGAUCAGGUGCAAGGAGCUGGGCAUCACGGGGCUGCACAUCAAGUUGAGGGCCACGGGUGGUAACCGCACCAAGACGCCCGGCCCUGGAGCUCAGUCCGCCAUCCGCGCUCUUGCCCGCUCCGGCCUCAAGAUCGGCCGCAUUGAGGACGUGACACCUAUCCCCACCGAUAGCACUCGCAAAAAGGGUGGUCGCCGCGGCUUGCACCGCUUGUCGUCCGAGAUUCCGGCGUCAGUAUCCGUCCGUUGCUCUAACGACCUCGACGACACGGAUUCCGUCUUCUCCCUCGCUCUUGAUUCCGACGUUCCGUCCGGUCCACCUUCCCCGAAGCUUCCUCAUCAAGCCUCGCUGCCUCGUCCGUCUUUUUCCUCGUCACUUCUCGGCGCCUCUCACGCGGCCGCGCCUGCCGAUUUCGCAACCGCCGACCUUUUCGUACCGACGAGUUUCGCAAACGCUCAUCAUUUGGCGAAUGACAGUGUUACACCUGCUACGGAUGCUGAUUCGUCCGUUUCGUCUUCAUUCACCUCAGUCGACCUCGCUUCCGCGCGAACCUCCUCUAUAAGCACAUGCGGACAGCUACAACAGCAACUUAUAGCGGGGCCUAGGUCCGAUGACGUGGCACAGCGCAUCGCGCCGCGGGAUGCGGGGGAUGCGGAUUCGGAGGCGACGGCGGUAGCCACGGCGGCAGUGGCGGGAAUUCCGUCGGGCGGCGCGCUAGCAGCGCAGGUGGAGCAGUUUUUGGCGCGAGCGGGGGAGGUGGAUCAGGAGUUGCGCGAUUUGAAAGUGACUAUAGCGAGGCUGCUAGGGUUUGUGGACGACUAUCGGCUAUUAUCAAGCAAAGAUGCAGUGGAGAAGCUUGCAGAGAGGAUGACGUCAGAGUUGGAUCGACUACAAGGCACAGUGACAGGGAACCUGAGAGACCUUAUCAGCACCAGCUUUACAGGGGAGCCUGACAGGGUAAAUCACCCCAGAAAUGACCAGCACUCGGGCAGCCUCAGCAACAGCGGGAAACUGGGAAGCGGAGGGAUUGCGGGAGGAAUCGGAAGCCUUGGGGUGUGGUUAGUGGGUAGCAAGAUGUUACAAUCAGGAAGGGCUAUAGCAGUGAAUGGGGAGUGGAGGAAUCAUAAGGAGGCUGGUGACGUGGCACUCCGAUUGAACAUGGGCGUGAGGGACACUGCGAGGAGAAGGUACGAGUGA